UGGGCUGGGCUGUCCCGCGCGGGCAGCGGAGAAAAUCGAACCUCAGUAUUGGCUGUGUCUAUCGUGGGCAGCAGACUAAUAAAGGUCAUGGCGCCGGCGGGAAUCCUGGACGGGAAGGUGGUCUCCGCGCAAAUAAGGGAGAGACUGAAGAAUCAAGUUGCUGAGAUGAAGGCGCAAGUACCUGGCUUCACACCUGGUCUUGCAAUUUUACAGGUUGGCAACAGAAGUGAUUCAAAUCUUUAUAUAAAUGUGAAGCUGAAGGCUGCUGAAGAGAUUGGCAUCAAAGCAACUCACAUUAAAUUACCAAGAACAGCCACAGAAACUGAGGUGUUAAAAUGUGUUACAUCUUUGAAUGAAGACUCCACUGUGCAUGGGUUCCUAGUGCAGCUUCCUUUAGAUUCAGAAAAUCCCAUUAACACCAAAACAGUGAUCAAUGCUAUUGUACCCGAAAAGGAUGUGGAUGGAUUGACUAGCAUCAGUGCCGGAAAGCUUGCUAGAGGUGACCUAAAUGACUGUUUCAUUCCUUGUACACCUAAAGGAUGCUUGGAACUCAUCAAAGAGACAGGGGUGCAGAUUGCUGGAAGUCAUGCCGUAGUGGUUGGGCGUAGUAAAGUAGUUGGUGCCCCAAUGCAUGACUUGCUUCUGUGGAACAGCGCCACAGUGACCACCUGCCACUCAAAGACUGCCAAUCUGGAUGUGGAGGUAAACAAGGGUGAUAUCGUGGUAGUUGCAGUGGGUCAGCCUGAGAUGGUGAAAGGGGAGUGGAUCAAACCUGGGGCCAUAGUCAUUGACUGUGGAAUUAAUUAUGUUCCAGAUGAUACAAAACCAAAUGGGAAAAAAGUUGUGGGUGACGUGGCAUACAACGAGGCCAAGGAGAGGGCAAGCUUCAUCACCCCUGUUCCUGGUGGCGUCGGGCCCAUGACGGUGGCAAUGCUAAUGCAGAGCACAGUGGAGAGCGCAAAACGUUUCCUGGGAAAAUUUAGGCCAGGAAAGUGGGAGAUUCAAUAUAACAACCUUAAUCUCAAGACACCUGUUCCAAGUGACAUUGAAAUAUCACGAUCUUGCAAACCGAAGCUCAUUGGUAACCUGGCUCGAGAAAUUGGUCUGUUCUCUGAAGAGGUGGAAUUGUAUGGUGAAACAAAGGCCAAAGUUCUGCUUUCAGUACUAGAACGCCUGAGGCACCAGCCUGAUGGAAAAUACAUAGUGGUGACUGGAAUAACGCCAACGCCCCUGGGAGAAGGAAAAAGCACAACCACAAUUGGGUUGGUGCAAGCCCUCGGUGCCCACCUUCAUCGGAAUGUAUUUGCGUGUGUGCGACAGCCUUCUCAGGGCCCAACCUUUGGAAUAAAAGGUGGCGCUGCAGGAGGUGGCUACUCGCAGGUUAUUCCUAUGGAGGAGUUUAAUCUCCACCUCACAGGUGACAUCCAUGCCAUCACUGCAGCCAAUAAUCUUGUUGCUGCAGCCAUUGAUGCCCGGAUGUUCCAUGAACUGACACAGACAGACAAGGCUCUCUUUAAUCGUUUGGUACCAUCAAUAAAUGGAGUGAGAAAGUUCUCUGAUAUCCAAAUCCGAAGACUACGGAGACUAGGCAUUGACAAGACCGACCCUACCACACUGACAGAUGAAGAAAUCAACAGAUUUGCAAGAUUGGAUAUUGAUCCAGAAACUAUAACUUGGCAAAGAGUGCUAGAUACCAAUGAUAGAUUCCUAAGGAAGAUCACAAUUGGACAGGCGCCAACGGAGAAAGGAUACACGCGGACGGCCCAGUUUGAUAUCUCUGUGGCCAGUGAAAUUAUGGCUGUCCUGGCUCUCACCAGUUCUCUAGAAGACAUGAGAGAGAGACUGGGCAAAAUGGUGGUGGCAUCCAGCAAGAAAGGGGAUCCCAUCAGUGCUGAAGAUCUGGGGGUGAGUGGUGCAUUGACAGUGCUUAUGAAGGAUGCUAUCAAGCCCAACCUCAUGCAGACACUGGAGGGCACUCCAGUGUUUGUUCAUGCUGGACCGUUUGCCAACAUUGCACAUGGGAAUUCCUCUAUCAUAGCAGACCGGGUUGCACUCAAACUUGUUGGCCCUGAAGGGUUUGUAGUGACUGAAGCAGGAUUUGGAGCCGACAUUGGAAUGGAAAAGUUUUUUAACAUCAAAUGUCGAUAUUCUGGUCUCCGCCCUCAUGUGGUGGUGCUUGUUGCCACAGUUAGGGCUCUUAAAAUGCACGGGGGCGGCCCCACGGUCACUGCUGGAGUCCCUCUACCCAAGGCUUACACAGAGGAGAACCUGGAGUUGGUUGAGAAAGGCUUCAGUAACUUGAGGAAACAAAUUGAAAAUGCCAGACUCUUUGGAGUUCCAGUAGUAGUGGCUGUGAACGUAUUCAAGACGGAUACAGAGGCUGAGCUGGACCUGGUCAGCCACCUUGCCAAAGAACAUGGGGCUUUUGAUGCCGUGAAGUGCACUCACUGGGCAGAAGGGGGCAAGGGAGCCUUAGCCCUAGCUCAGGCCGUCCAGGGAGCAGCGGAGGCCCCCAGCAGCUUCCAACUGCUUUAUGAUCUCAAGCUUCCAGUUGAAGAUAAGAUCAGGAUCAUUGCACAGAAAAUCUACGGGGCAGAUGACAUUGAAUUGCUCCCAGAAGCCCAGCAAAAAGCUGAAGUCUACACAAAGCAGGGCUUUGGGAAUCUGCCCAUCUGCAUGGCCAAAACACACUUAUCCUUGUCUCACAACCCAGAGCAAAAAGGUGUGCCAACAGGCUUUGUCCUACCCAUCCGUGAUAUCCGCGCCAGCGUGGGGGCUGGCUUUCUGUACCCCUUAGUGGGAACGAUGAGCACAAUGCCGGGACUCCCUACCCGGCCCUGCUUCUAUGAUAUUGAUUUAGACCCUGAAACUGAACAGGUGAAUGGACUCUUCUAAACAG